GACGAGGACGAGGACGAGGACGAGGACGAGGACGAGGACGACGACGACGACGACGACGACGGCGGCGGCGGUGGCGUCGACGACGACGACCUCGACGCCGUCGUUGCCCUCUGCGCUUUGUUGCUCCGUGCCGCGCGGGCGGGACGGCAGCCGCGCGAUGGCUCCGUGAGAACCGUCUUUCAGGACAAAACUGAGGGGAUCAAGCAAUUCAAAGGACGGCAACUCAGGGAGGGGAGGAGGGAGCAAGGCAGGGGGAGGAGAGCGGGGGCGGGGGGGGAGGAGAGAGGGGGGGGUGCGUGCGCGCGAAAUCAGGAUUCAAAGGAGGCGGCAGCGCAGGCCAUGCUUCGCAGCUAGAGCCGUCGGCCCGCCGAGACGGGGCCGGAGGCUGGCGCGAGGCCACUGUGGCACAGCGCCCCUUCGUCGCGGCGCGGCGGCAGGUGGCCCGUGAAGGCGGGGGAGCAGAAGACAUGCCCCCACCCAAGCCUGGGAAGGAGGCGCACCCCUGGCGAGCACAUCCAACCAGCCCUCUGGGCGGAGGCGGUUC